AUGUCUUUUUCGCAGUAUGAGGAUUUUUUGGCAGCCGUCACAAAAGCGUUCGAUCCGAAGGUACUGUUUCUUACCGUCAUUCCGGUCGUAGCCGGUCUCAGUACGAAGUUGUACUCGAAAUUGUUACUCAGUGUGCUACUGACGGAGUAUGCCAACACAAUCGUCAAGUGGAUACUCGCCGAGGAUCGCCCAUUCUGGUGGAUAAACGAAACGAAAGAGUUCUCCUCACUGAACCGUCCAAAAAUUUAUCAAAAUGAGCUAACCUGUGAGCCAAGCCCGGGUAAUCCGUCCGGUCAUCUGAUGACCUCCACGACCUACCUGUUUGUGAUAUUCUCGGUGCUAGAGGAAUACUUAGCGACAUAUGGAAGAACCGCAAGAGUUUCGCUCCGAAUCGUGUACUACAGCACGCUGUUCUUCAUAUCGAUCUCUCGGAUGUAUUUCGGAUGUCACUUCUUACAUCAGUGCAUCUUCGGAAUUCUGCUGGGAAUCGUGAUGAGCAAAGUGUGCCUCUCGCAUCGUCUGGAAAAGUACAUUGCAAAGCAAUCGGGCAAGCGAAGUGGAUUCGUCGUGUUCAUAUGCUUGGUUAUGCUGGCGUUGUACUGGAUUCAGAAGCUGCUGGGCAUCGAUCCACAGUGGGCAGUGAAGAUGGCCUUCAAAUGGUGUGAAGACCCGUUCUACCUGAAGCCCACAACCACGCUAGUGUUUAGCGCUAUUCGCCUUACAGGGUCCCUGCUGGCAUUGGCCGUAGUAGGACCUAUUCAAAGAGCUAAACCACUCAACGUGAAGCUCAGCAUUCCGAUGGUGAUGGCAAUGAUGGCGUUCGAAUGGAUCGCGCUGGACUUCACGCCACGUAACUACGGUGUGGUUGUUUACUUUUUAUCCAGCUUCCUGCUCUACUUCCUAUUCACGUAUGCCUAUCUGCGCUGGGUACCUGCUUUAGCGGGACUAGACAACCGCCUGUCUCGCAGUGAUAGAACCUCCAAGUCUAAAUCUAACUAAGCAACUAGCACAAACAACCAGCAAACUAAUUCAACUUUUACUAGAGAGUCUCGUUUUUUCGAAAAGAGUCUUGGAUCGCCUGGAACGCUCAAUAGCUAGAAGAAACGCUUUUCUACAAUGCUGUACAAGUUUUAGGUUUUCAUGCAUCACAUAUCGACUAGGGGACUAACGCUGGCGAGCAAACACUGGCACGCACAAACCAGCAAAACAACUAAUAAUUCUACCAAAUGCCUCGCACACAACUCUCACCGCGCCAUACAACGACUGCUGAAAGCGUUCACUAACUAUACUCUCUAAUCUUCUCAAGAUGCAUUAGAUGAUUGUUUUUUUCAUGGCAUUUUCCAUAAAAAUAUUCAAGUAAUUGCUUGUUAAAAUUGUA